UUAGCCAGUCGGCCAGUCUAAUAUCUGCAAUAAUGGCGGCUUUCUUUCCGCGACUUUACCGGUGCUUGUGCACAAAACCCUUUCUGGCUUCUGCCGUUUGCCAGAACGUACAGAGAGCACGUAGCAGUGCGUGGAGAAAUGGAGAUCCUCGAAAGCGUAUAAACUUCACAUUCGUUGCUGUCACUGGGGUAGUCGCAGGCGCAGUCGGGCAUGCCUCUAUGCAAGCACUAGAGAUCGCGAACGACGGCAUCACGGACAUUAUGUUGCCUGUGAAACACAAAAGUAUCACGCCUCCCAAAAUAAAGGCUUCACGAUUUGUGAGCGGCCCCGUCACGAAGACGGGACUGAAGCUGACUUUGUUCCAGUACCAGACGUGCCCUUUCUGCUGCAAGGUGCGAGCAUUCCUGCAGUACUAUGGUAUCCCGUUUACAGUUAUCGAGGUUGACCCAGUCCUUCGUCAGCAAUUGAAGUUUUCAGAGUACAGGAAGGUCCCUAUCCUUCUUGUGGAAGACGGGCAGGACUGCUGGCAAAUAAACGACUCGACUGUCAUAGUCAGUAUGAUGCAAAGCUACCUCAUUGAUAAGGAGCCUGGAUUUAAGAAGUAUUUGAGCUUGUAUGAACCAAUUGAGAUGAAGGAUGCCUCUGGCAAGGUAACUACGGAAGUCUUAAAUAAGUACCACCUCAUGCUAAAAGACGCUCCAUCGAAGGGACAAGAGUACGACAAGAUGAGACGCGAGCUUAAAUGGCGCACGUGGGCGGACGAUACCCUGGUGCAUGUGCUCUCUCCAAAUGUGUAUCGCACAAGACAGGAGGCCCUCCAAGCUUUCAACUAUUUCUCCGAAGUUGGUCAGUGGGAAGCGAACUUCCCCGCAUGGGAACGUCUGCUAGUCAUCUACGUAGGUGCAGCUGCCAUGUACUUAGUUGGAAAGAGGCUCAAGAAGAGGCAUAAUCUCAAGGACGACGUUAGGCAAAGCUUUCGUGACGCUUGUAACGAGUGGAUGAAGGAGGUUGGCGCAGCUGAGUUUCAUGGUGGAAACAAACCAAACCUUGCAGACUUGGCCGUGUACGGAGUGCUAAACUCUGUCGAAGGCUGUACGGCGUUCAAGGAAAUGCUGGAAGACACCAGCAUAAGCUCGUGGUACUGGAAGAUGAAGGGAUGCGUCUCCAACCACUUGGGAAGUCGGUCGUUGAACUCUGGCCAAUAGGAGCAGAAAAUUCUUCCAAGUGCCGUAUGCACGGACAGAAGUUUCUUGGCGUGAGGGCUUUUUAGUCGUCGUUGUUAGAGGAACUUUACAAAACACUGCAUCAUGUACAGAACAAUGUAUAGUAAAGCUUGUAAACAAUAAAGUGCAGCACUGCACCUCUGCCCGAG